AUGUUCUCGUGGAACGUCUUAGCAGCAGCCUGUGAAAGCCAGAGAGGGGAUACGGCGGCCGUCGUUGCCACCAUCGAGGUCAAGACCCCCGGCAACACUUUGAACCUCGAAGGUCCCGUCAGCUUGCAGCAGUUUGGUGACACGUCUCUGUUUCGCAUCUGUGUCCACCCACCCAAUGAAAAGCGCAACUUAUGCACUCUCUGCCUUCCUCCUGACCAAUGCUGGAAGGCUCUCAAGCCAAAGAAGAUCAUCUCAUCCCGUUCUAGAUUGAAGGCAAUCUGUCAAGUGAUCGAGUUGCCACCAGACCAUCCCGAAGGCUACAGUCAGAUAGUUCUUACCUUGCCCUAUGAUGGAGAGAACGGCCUUGCGAUGUUCUUCUGCGAAUCCCUGGCAUUCAGUUGCUCUCGUGUUGGUGGGGAAGUCAUGAUGAGCGAGCACGGCCACACCUAG